AUGAUUUUUACUCCAGCUUCUUAAUAAGAGAAAACAACUUUAGAAAAGAUAUGCGAAUUUCUGGUGGGUUUAAGCAAGAAUGUGCUUAAAUAGGGAAGUUCUAUUAGUUUAGCUAAAUUUCUAUAAGAUUUGGAGCAUACUUCUAAUGAACUAUGUUACAUGCUUCAAGCUAGAGAUCAAAAUGAUUAUAGUCAUGCUAUUAAUAAAUAUACGUAAGUUUGGAAGGAUGUAUUGAAAUCUAUUUAGAAUAACAAUUAAAUGCAUACUGAAGGUGAACAUGAUUUAGAACCACUUUCUAGAGCAGAUUUAAUGUAACGAAUGAAGAAGAGAUUUAUGGAAGGAGGAUAAACUGGUAGUUUAGGUGGAGCUAGAGUUGGAGCAUUUCAAUCACCAUUAACAGAAAAUGAAAGAAUUAAGAAUCGUUAAUUAAGUAGUAAGAACUCUAAUAUACUUCCAUCUAUUAGAUUAAAUUCAUUUGAAUAAUAGACUGAUAGAACUCUUAAUAAUUCAUCCAGAAUGCAAUAUGAAUUAGAUGAUCAUUAGAAAUGCAUCUUAAAUGAAGUCUUGAAAUAAAGUAAUAAAUUAAAUGUAUAAAUUGUUAUGAAACGAUAUGAUCCUAAAAUUAAAUUAUGUAUAUCAUAAGGAACUGAUACAAAUCUUGAUAUCUUAGAAGUUAUGAGGAAUUUCAAAAAGGUAUUAUAUUAUCUUUAAUUAUGUAGGAAUAUCAUGAAAGCAAAUUAUAAGAGAUUGUUUAAGAUAGUGAUAAACAUAGUAUGGAAUUAUAAAAAUUCCUUAAUGAAAGAAUUGAUCAUCGAUAUGCACUCUAAACUUAGUAAGUUACAGAUAAAUUAAAGGGAGUUCAUAAAUAAAUGAUUUAAAAAACUAUGGAUAUUGAAACUGUUAUUUUAGAUACAUAAAAAUAAUAAACUUAAUAGGAUAUGAUACCUAAUAUUUUAAAUGAAUUUUUAGAAUAUGUAAAUGAGAGUUAUUAGAAUGUUUAACAUGAAACUUACAAAGUUCUAAUGAAAUUUGUUUCUGGAUUUAUUAUUCGAAGAGUUAAAUAAGAUUCAGAGAAAAAGUUACCAUAAUAAAAUUCUUAAUAAUUAUUGUCUAGUUCUACUAAAGAUAGAAAGGCUCCUCCUUUAAGAAGAGCUGAUAACACUGAAUAAUUAUAGAAAGAAUUAUCAAAUAAAAAUGUUGAGUUGGAUAAAAAGUUUAUGGAAAAUGCAGAAUUAUGGAAUAAAGUGAGAUAGAUGGAAAAUCAAAUAAUGUAAUUAAACAUAGAAAUCGAAUCUACUAAAAUUGCUGAAAAAGCAAUUGAAUAGGAAAGAACUUAAUUAUUAUAUGACAAAUAAAAAUUAGAAAAAUAAUUUUCAAUCAUAGCAAAUAAAACAUUUUAAGAUUAGGCAGUUUAGGUCUCAGAUCAAACAUUAUAAUAAUAAAUAUCAAAAUUAUAAAAAGAGAAUUAAGAAUUGUAAUAAAGACUCUAUUAAUUAACUGGAGAAUUGAAUAAAAAAAAAUCCAUUCCUGCUGAUUAAAGAAGUCUUUAAAUAGAUUUUGGUAAUAGUUAGGAUCAAUCCAAUAAAGAUUCACCUAGAGCUACUAGUAAAAUGAAAUCGUAAUUUGAAUUUCCAUAAGAUGAAGAUAAUAUAUCUAUAGGAUAUCGUGGAGAAUCAAAUCGAUAGAUUUAAUAUAGUGAUUACACUAAAAGAUAAAGUACGGAUGUUGGAUAUAGAAUGAAUUUGACUUAACAUGUACAAUCUUAAAAAGAUUAAAGAGUAUCUAAAAACAAUAGUCAUAUAUCAGAGAGUUAAUAAAACAAGAGAGGAUAUCAACAUUCUUUUACUGAAUUUCAUCCAUAAAAAUAGCCUAAUAAAUAAACAACACUUGAAUAGAAAUCGAUAUAAGAAUUAGAUGAAGAAUAAAUGCAAAAAAGUGGUUUACUUUUGUAAUAAUAAUAAUAAUAAGUCAGAAAAAGUGUAUCCCCAAAUAAUGAAAAUGGUUAAUUAUUACGAAAAAUGAGUUCAAUAUCAAAAUCUGAUUAACAAUUAUCUUCCUCAAUUGUAAGAAAAUCAACUGUAAAUUAAAUGAAGAUAGGUGAUUCUACUAUUCCUGAUAUUGAUGUGACAUAAGCUUAAACUAUUUAAGAUACAUAGAGAACAACAUCAGGUAGAAUGUUAACUUUGACUGAAAAAAAAAAUGAUUAAAGUCCUUCAGAUAGAAGAAUAUAAACUGAAUAUACUGAUUAGACAUAAUUUCAAUAAGGAUAAAUUACAUAGAAUGUACCAAUUUCAAAUACUCCUUAAUAAAAUAAAUAAAUUAGAGGAUAGAAAAAGUCUGAAACAUUAUUAGCUAAUAAAACUAAAAAUAAAUUUGCUAGAAAAUCUACUGAUGCUAUGAGAGAUAUUCAAGAAGAUUAAUAAUCUGCAACUAAUUCUAAUAGAGGUUCAGCUAGAAUAAUAGAAAAUAACAAAACAAGAAUACCUCUAAUUAAAGAAGAAGAUGAAGUAAGUAGACAUUCAAAAUCUCGUCUAUCUUCAUAAUAGUCUUCUUAAUCUCACAUACGAAGAUCUAGUACUACCAUAUAAUAAUAACCUAUUAGAAUGGCUAUUAAAGUUAAUGAUGAAAAUGCAGCUGAAUAUGUUGCAUCAUGGAAAUAAAGAACUCUCGAUUAAGAGCAAUAAACAGACAUAGAAUUAUUAACCAAUUUUAUACAACACUUUAUUUUCAAUAUGGCAUUACCUAAUGAUAUUAAAUAAAGACUUAUUGAAGCCAUUCCACUUACCAUUUAAUAAAAAAACCUAAAUUCAUUAUCUGAAGAUUCAAAUAACUUUCUCAAAUAACAAUAGUCUUUUAAAAAUGUUGUUUAAAAAUAUGGUUUUGAUACUGAAAGAGUUAGUUCUAAUUAAACUAAAAAUCAUAGUUCUAAAUAAUCCUAAGAAUCACUUCUUAAACAUGAAACUGAUGAUGAUUAAUUUUAGAUGGGAUCUAAAUAGGGUUCUUAAAAAUAAAUGGAUACUUAAAGAAUCUAAAAUUAAACUUUGAAUAAAAAAUCAACUUAAUUUCUUUAUGAUAAAUAAAAAAAAGAAUCUACUAUGUAAAGAUAACCUUCUCGAUAACCAAUAGAUCCUUAAGAAUAAUUUGAUUAGGAAGAAGCCUAAUAGAUAUUUAGUAUGGCUGCUGAUUUGAAUAUAGAUUAAGUUGAUUAGAUGCCUUAUGAAGAAAUGGUUAAAUCAAUUUAAGAUUAAGAAAAUGAUGGUAAGUAAUUACAAAUAUUUAAACCUAAUGAACUUAAAUAAGAAACUUUUUUAAGAACUUUAUUUAAUCAAAUUUAAAACAAAAAAACUAAAGGUGUAGAGAAUGUUUAAGAUUUACUCAGAAAAUACUAUAAAAAAGGAAAGCAUGAAAACAUAACUUAUUAUGAGUUCAAAGCUUUCUAUUAAAGACUUGCUGCUAUUCAUAAAAUGUGUGGAUAAGAUAUGAUGUGUAACCAUCUUUAAAGAUUUAUUAUGAGAUUAGGCUACACUUGUACAAUAUUUUCUAAAAGACAAGUAAUAUAUACAUUUAAUAUAUCUAGUAAUUAAAAACUAGUACUUCUGUCAUAAAACCUUUUAAUACUACUGAUGAUAUGACGACACAAUCUAAAAUGACUAAUACUCAUUAAAAUUUAGCUAAAAGUAGAUUCACUAGUCAACAAUUUUAUAUGUCAGAAGAAUAGUUUUAUUGA